GGGUCCUGACAGAGGCGUGUGGCGUUGACAGUUCGUUGGUGCUGAGAGAAGUACGGCGGCAGAAAUAUCCUCCGUCUGUUUUUUUUUUUUAAACGUUUCCAAACAAGUUGACAUCUGCAAGUAUGCAGUCGGAAUCGGGAAUAGUUCCCGACUUCGAGGUCGGAGAGGAUUUUCAAGAGGAGCCUAAAACGUAUUACGAAUUGAAGAGUCAACCCCUGAAAAACAGCAGCCCGUCGGACCAGCACAGCUCGUCCAAGCCCCCGCUGAGCUCCUCCGCCAUGACAUCACGCAUCCUGCUGCGGCAACAGCUGAUGCGGGAGCAGCUUCAGGAGCAGGAGCGGCGGGAGCAGCAGAGGCAGCAGGCCUCCCAGUACCCACAAACCACAGCGGCCCAGACCCCCGCCAUCAAUGUCAGCUUACCGCCCGUCGCACAGGUGCCAAUGGAGGUGCUGAAGGUCCAGACUCACUUGGAGAACCCCACUAAGUACCACAUCCAGCGCUCCCAGCAGCAGCAGGUGAAGCGGUACCUGGGAAAGCUUGGUUCUCAGGCGUUGAGCUUGCCCUGCCCUAACCAGUCCUCUGACCACGGGGGCAUGCCGCCAGGGCCGGGCAACAGCGCCCCCAACAGCCCUAUGGCCUUACUGACCCUCAACUCUAACUGCGAGAAAGAGAUGGAUGAUGUCAUUGACGACAUUAUUAGUCUGGAGUCCAGUUACAGUGAUGACAUCCUCGGCCUGAUGGAUCCAGGACUUCAGAUGGCAAACACGAUCCCAGUUCCUGCAAACCUCAUGGACAUGUAUGGGAACCAGGGUAUGUCCCAGCAAAGCCUUCCCAUCAGCAACUCCUGCCCUGCCAACCUGCCCAAUAUCAAAAGGGAAUACUCUGUUUCACAAUCUCCGGCCAUCAUGCAUAUGCUGGAUAAGUCUGGAUCCUGUGGCAAAUUUGACAACUAUCAGAGGCCUGAAGGGUUCCCUGUGGAAGCAGAGGUAAGAGCUCUGGCAAAGGAGAGGCAGAAGAAAGACAACCAUAAUCUGAUUGAGAGAAGACGACGGUUUAACAUCAAUGAUCGAAUUAAGGAAUUGGGAACUUUAAUUCCAAAAUCCAAUGAUCCAGACAUGCGCUGGAACAAAGGCACCAUCCUGAAGGCAUCAGUGGACUACAUCAGGAAGCUGCAGCGUGAGCAGCAGAGGGCCAAGGAGCUGGAGAGCCGUCAGAAGAAGCUCGAACAUGCCAACCGACAUCUGAUGUUGAGAAUACAGGAAUUAGAGAUGCAGGCUCGGGCUCACGGUCUGGCCAUCGCAUCCUCAGCGCUCUGCUCUGCCGAACUCGGGCCCCGGACCAUCAAGCAGGAGCCGGCUCUGGAGGACUGUCACCAGGACCUGUACACACUCCAUCCCCAUCACCAACACCACCCCGCCUGCACUCCUGAACCACCCGGCACCCUGGAGCUGAGCGAGGGCCACUCCAACUACCCCGAAGGCCACUACAGCGUCCACAGCAAGCCGGGCUCCAAACUCAACGACAUCCUCAUGGAAGACACCUUAUCACCGGUGAGAGGGGGGGACCCUUUGCUCUCGUCCGUCUCCCCGGACGCCUCAAAGGACAGCAGUCGCAAGAGCAGCGUAAGCAUGGAUGAGAACGAGCCGGGCUGUUAGCACCCCCUGCUGGAGGAAACGUCGUCUGCAUCUUCCACCUGCUCCACCCUGUCAGCGGCUAACACUCUCUCAGCUGCUGGAGAGGCUCCCCCCCCCCUUCCGUUCGUGGUCAUUUGUGUAUUUGUUUCCUCUUUUUCCCCCACCUGUGUUUACAUGUAUUGAAUCUUUUCCAUUCAUGUUAAUUUUUUUCUUUUGUUUGUGUCAUUCGAAGCUCUCAACCUUGAUUUCAAGGACUUGAUUUUAAAGUGUCUGCUUUAAUCACUACUUUGAUGACAAUGAGUUACAAAAAUACAAGUUUUUAUAUUUUAAAAAAAUGCAUUUAUCUUUGGAUAGAGGCUAGAUUACGCGUUUUUGUAUUGAUUCCAAAGAAUCUAGGGAAAUUAUAAAUCAUGGUCAGAAAUGUAGAUAUUUUGUGGUGAGAUGAACACUGCUUUUUAAAUCACUAGCAAUAAUAGAAGAAAACAAGAUCUAUUUAUUACUAUAGUGCUUUACACUCUUUGUGUCUUAGAUUGAACUUGAAUGUGCCAAUGCCUUAUUAAGAUGCGUAUACAUUGUUGUUGUAUUGCUAUGCACAUGUUUUGGCUGUUAGCUGAGUCUUUGUCAGUCUUCCAGUUGAAAUUUCUUUGCUUGACAAAUAUUAAUCAUUUGUAGAUUUGAUCUUAUUUAUGUUCCUCUUUAAACAGGACUUUAUUUACACAUUCCCCUCAAAAUCUUAUUUAUGACGAGGCAUUUAUAAAAAGCCUAAGAUGAUGAAUUAAUGAUGAUGAAUUAAAGCACAUCAAAAAAAUCUAAAAGCUAAAAAUGUCUCCUUUAAAAAAUGAACAAACUCAUCAUUGAUAAUGAUUAAUUUAAGCCUUUUAUUCAGUGUCAUAAUGAGAAACAAUCCAAUAGCAUGACAGAAAGGUCGAGUUUUCCAGCCCAUCCUUUAACAUAUGAUGCUGUUUGAUCCAGCAGUGUGUACCAGAUAUACGACCAGAACAUUCCUCACUGCCAAAACCACAGAAAUAUUUAAAUUAAAAACAGAAUUAAAUGAAAAGUAAUAGAAUCUCAAAAUCAUGAAAAGGCUGUAGAAGGUUCUAAAAGAAUCUUACUUGAUAGAAUAUAAUGAUAUAAUUCUCUAAAUCUUUGUUUAAUCUGAGGAAGGUGAAUCAAUUCAAUUUUAUUGUAUUCUUAUAGUGAUCAGACAGAAAACUGGUCAAACUGCGACUCUUUCAGCACAUAGUUUACUGUAGUAAUACAGGCGUGUUGAUCUCAGAUUUUAUAACAGUCCAUCGAUUUCCUAAAUUAUUGUUUUUUUUAUACCACUUCAUUUCACAUUCAGGAUUUUUUUUCCAUUAUGUGAACAUUUAUAUUGCCAAGGACUAUAAGGAGACUGCUUUGGGAUUUUGUAUGAAAUGCAUGACAUUGUCAAAACACUGGAAUGACCUCUGUAAAUUGAAAUGUGGUUUCUUCGCCUUCUUUUUUUUUUAUCUAAGCAUAAACUAACUAUUGUAUUUGGCUCGUCAGAAGCAUACAGAAUAUUGUAUGAGACUGUAGAUUCUUUGUGGUUGUAUAUUUCAGCAGUUUGUUUAGAAGUUAGUUGUAGCACGUUGCGUAAAUAUGCCUUGGUUAAUGACUACCUGCCAUACACUGAAAGCCCUGUUACGGCACCGCCUCCAUUCUGUCAAACUAUGCAAUGGUUGAAGUUGUGCCUGUAAAGCAGCAGCAUCAUGUCUUGAAAAUGUGAUCUCUUUAUGAAUUAGUCUGAGACGGUGUUGAAGUGAUUCUCUUUUCAUUUAAGUGCCUUAAAGUGGUUUCUGUUACCCUGGUGACGUGAGAGGAGUAGUGCAACAUUUUGUUGAUGUUUAUAGUGGUGUCUGGUGCUUCAUAGAUGAACUGAAGAGUGCCGAGGUCCCUGAGAGAGCAGCAGGGAGGGACCUUUAGUCAGAGUGAGAUAACGCUAUAAGUGUCUCAGACUCAAGAACCACAAGAAAGGGUUUGUUAUUGUGGAUCCCCAAAGUGUUCAAUAUUAAAUCAGUCAUUAUCAGUAAUCUGAAACAAAGAGUAAAGUAGAAUAAAACAUACGAAUAACCAACAAAUCCAGAAAUAUUUUGAUAAGUAAUAAUUAUUGUGUUACAUAUUUUCAUAACUGUUUUAUUUAAUUUCCACUUCGCUACCUUGUUUCUGCCCAUUUUCAUCUGUUUUUAUUCCACAGUGGCAUUUUCCCCACUGACUGGCCAUCCUUCCAUGCAGCCACAAUGCCUAGCCAGCAAACUCCUGUUAGCUAGAGCAAUGACAGCACCAGUCAAAGUCUGAGGCAAACAACUAUUUUCUGCAGCGAUAGAGCAGAUUCUCUGUAAGGAGCAUAAGUCUGGUGUGUUCAUCUGGUGGGCCGAAAUGCUGUGAUCAUGGAAAGUGUCAUUAUGGACAAUCCAUAAUUAGUAGCAGUAUGCUGAGUUUUAAUGUGCUCCUUGAGAUGGCUAUGUCGUUUAGAUAUCUCAAGAACUUUCUUGCCUUGAAAUUCUAAACAGAUGCCCAGAGGAUGAAUCCUAAAGACUUUUGCUUUCCUGUGGCUCUUUAUCUUGCCCCACCAGCAGAUUUUCGGCCUAAUGUGAAAUGUUUUAACUUGAUAGCGACUGGAUUAAUUGCUGUGGGGCAGUAAUUCAUGUUCCCCUGAAGAUGAACCAUAAUUACCAAGGCUGUCAGAAGCCGAUCUCAAGGGUCACGGCAGAUCCGUAUUGUUAUCAACACUUUUCUAAGCCCAAUCUUUUGCUUACACCUCCUGCUACACAUGUCAGAAUGUCUCUGUCAUCCCUCCCAUUGCUUGCUAAACUCCCACAAUGCCCUCUGCUCACCACAGGGUUAAACAGUAAGAGACUCAACCUGGCAUUGCAGCCAGGUACUACAGCUAAUGCUAACUGGCUAAAUUGUUUUCUUAAUGCAUUGCAGAGCUAUACAGAUGUCCAGCAUAUACACUAGAAUGAUACAAAUGACAUGAAUGUGCUUGAAAUGUAUAAUAUAUAGGAAAAUGGAUUAGGACUCAUUAUGGGCAGAUACUAAAUAUUAAAUGACUCGGAUCAGGAGCAGGGAAAACUUGAUCAGGACAUCCCUAGUAAUUUCUUUGGCAAUCUCUUAGCUUUUCAUCAGGCACUAUAAUCAUGAUAGUCAUCGUGCUAGUGUGUUCAGUACUGUAGACUAUGACCAAAUACCUGCAAAGCUAAUGACAAUUCCAUCAACUUUAAUUGCACUGUCCUGUUUAGUGCUAAUCAGCACGUUAGCAUACUAUGACUGUUGCAGCAGUUUCUAAGAAUUGUUAUUGUGUUCAUUUUAGCGUCCUGCGUUUAGCACAGCGAACCACUCUGCACUAGUACAUGGCUGUAAUCUUAAUAUAUUUUACUAGUUUAUUCAUGUGAUUAUUUAUGAUAAUGUCUUGUCCAUUCAUUUAGUAUUGAACACUUUGGAAGUCCACAUGUUGUAGCUGUGCAUUUUAUAAAUUGUGCACUGAAGUCAAUGUUUCCAAAGUCAGCUUGAAUAUUUUGAAUCCUUCUGAGACUAGUAUGAAUGUAGUUCACAGUUAUAACUGCCAAAAUGUGUGCCAAAAAUAAGACACAAUAAAUUUAUAUACAGAUAGAAAUACAAAUGUUUCAACUGCUUUGCUGAUGCAUCUUUAAUAGAGGUGUUUCUCCUCCCUACAUACAAGCAAUAUGUAGAGCAUGAUGGCAAUCAGGCUAUAAGUGAAAUAUAAAACAAAGAAAUAAAAAAACAGAACUCAAUUUAAUUCUCACUUUUCAUGGAAGUAUUUCACCUGCAUCUCGGUGUUCUUAUCCACUGAACAGACCCCACAUGCUCAUCAAGACCAUGAGAUGCAGUUGAAAUUCCCUGCAAAAGCUGGUAAGAGAACUCUGAGUUAAUAUUUUUUUGUCAUUGAAGUACAGUGUCAAUGGACUGCAGAUUUUCCCUUGAUGUGUAACCAUAACAGGGAUGAAGCCUUAACAGUGCAACAUGCACAGGACUGACCCCAGAUCCACAGAUAAAUCAAAUAACCCUGAAAUGUGACUGGUUCGAAUGCAUAUUAGCAUUACAGGUGGUGGUAGCACUUAUAAUGAAGCCACCGCUUUUACUGAUUUCUUAUGGUGACUUUUAGAGUUGUAAAUUAUUAUGGCACAUUAUGGGUAAACCACUAAUGAAGAACCAUGUUAGCUCAGAUUAGACCUCGUCUGCUAAUUCUCAUUCCUGUGGUUCAUACAAAUAAUGUUGUCUGCUGAUGUUGCCACUGUUCUUAUUGUUACAGUUUAUAAGAGAUGAAUGUAGCAAUAGUUACUGUACCCACUGGUUUCAGAGUAGUGGACUCGAACUCAUCGGUACUCAAUGUGGAAAGUAUCUUGUGAGAAAUAUUAAAAGUUUUAUUUGAA